AUGCGGCCGAGGGUAGUCGAUGACGAUGAUUGGAUUGGCAUGGGACGGGUGGACUAUCAGCUGCAGGAGAAGCGCGGACUGGCAAACCCAGCGCCUGCAACCAUGGCCCGCAGUGCGCCAGGCAACAAACACGCUUUGACCUUUUGUGCUUCAGAGUCACCGUUCCAAAAUAUAUUAGUCUCGUCAGCUAAGGCCGAAGAGAAGAUUAGGUAA